CUGUUAGAAAGACGUAUUGGCAAUUAUCUCAUUGAAACAGAUCACUCUCAAGGGGGAGGAGCCAAGAUGGUGGACAGGCAGCAAAGGCUGUAAAGAGCUCCUCCAAAAAUUCAGGAAGUCUUGGUUCCUAUCAAAGAGUCAAUAUAUUUGGAAAAACCAUCAUACCCAAAGUUCUGGUGUUCUUUCGAAAAUAGGGGGUAAGUACAUAUUUGUCUCCUUCUGUUUAUUUACAGAGAAUAGAUUCUGCUCUGUCAUUGGCUACCCUUAGAAUAAAUGAAGAUAAAAGGUUUUUCCAACUAUCCGCUGAUUAUUAACCAUGGUGUCCCUGUCCUGAUAAACAGCUUGUCUGAAUUAACUUGCCAGAGCACCAAGACGAUGUUAUCAACCAAUGAAGAAAUUUCUAUGUGGAAUCACACACGGGUCUCCAGCUUCAUUCUCCUGGGCAUCACAGAUCAAAAGGAGCUACAAUUGCCUCUCUUUGUGUUGUUUCUACUGAUAUAUAUUAUUACCCUGAUGGGGAAUCUAGGAAUGAUCUUGCUAAUCAAGACAGAUUCUCGACUCCACAUUCCCAUGUAUUUUUUUCUCGGUAAUUUGGCAUUUGUAGAUGUCAACUAUUCUUCAAGCAUUAUACCCAAUAUGUUGGUGUUUCUCUUAACAGAAAGGAAAAAUAUUGGAUUCUUUGCAUGCGCCACUCAAAUGUUUAUAUUUGUUAUAUGUGGAAGCACUGAAUGUCUUCUUCUGGCUGUGAUGGCCUUUGAUCGGUAUGUGGCUAUUUGUCACCCUCUGCAUUAUUCAGUGAUCAUGUCAGGAAAAAUCUGUGUCUGGUUGGCAGCUAUUUCAUAUUUUCUUGGCAUUUUCUAUGCAGUUUUACACACCACACUCAGUUUUUCUUUAUCCUUUUGUGGAUUAAACAUGAUCAAUCAUUACUACUGUGAUAUCCCCCCACUCUUAAAGCUUUCUUGCUCUGAUACUCACAUCAAUGAGACUAUAAUAUUUGCACAAGUGAGUAUAAACUGUGUAGGCACUACAGUAACUAUUUUGUUCUCCUAUGCCUCUAUCUUAAUCACCAUUUUAAAGAUCCGUUCUACACAGAGCAGACGCAAGGCCUUUUCUACCUGUUCUUCUCACCUGAUUGUUGUCAGCUUAUUCUAUGGGACGAUCUUCUUUAUGUAUUUACGGCCCAGCUCCACAUAUUCCUUGGAACAAGACAAAGUGGCAUCUUUGUUCUACACAGUGGUAAUUCCCAUGCUGAAUCCUCUCAUCUACAGCCUGAGGAACAAAGAAGUGAAGGAGGCAUUUUGGAGAAUGUUUAGAAAGACAGUCUAAUGGUGGAGAACAGUUGUGGACAGCCAUUUGUCCGAAAUGGUAUAGGGUUUCCUGCCUGAGCAGGGGGUUGGACUUGAUGACCUCCAAGGUCUCUUCUAACUUUACUACUACUACUACUACUACUACUACUACUACUACUACUACUACUACUAUUAUUAUCCCUAUAUAUUCAUAUAUAGUAAUUUAUAUAUGUAUUCAUAUAUAGUACCUCCAUGUAUUCAUGUAUGGUACCUCCAAGUACCAUUUUUAACUCAAGAUUAUUAUAGUUGUAUUUGUUUAUGAUUGUUUCAUGGGGGGGGAAUUAUGUCACUGUAUUUCAGAAACAUAAUAUAGAUUUUUGCACACCUAAAAGGCAUGUAUGAUAACAAAAUAUUUGUGGACCUUAUUUUUCUCCAUUAAAGAUUGUCUACAAAAUCUUAUUUAUUUUCAAAGGUAAGACAUCUAUACAUCACAUGUUUCCAGCCAGGGAGCCUGUUUUGUUCUAAAUUCAGCAAAUAGCAAUAACCUCAAAUAUAGUAAAUAUCAUAAAUAUUAUUAUUAGGUCCUUUUAAAGAUGAGUGCCUGGAUAAAGUCUUACAGCUGUCUUGGCAACAUUUUCAGAAAGUGGCUUGACGUUGCCUCAUUCCUAGGGUUGAGAGAGAGUGACCCGCCUCGAAGUAACUCAGAUGGCUUCAUGCCUAAAACAGGACUAGGAUUCAUGAUCUCAGUUUCUAGUUUUGUGUCUUUAACCAUUAUACCAAACUGUCCAUAAAAUAGCAAAUAGUUACAAAAUGCUUUUGGAUGUGAUUGAAGAUAAUGUUGUUACUUACGAAGCCCUACAUGGCAUAAGACCUGAUCACUUGAGGGAAUGCUUAUUUCCCAUCAAUCUUAUGGGAUAGGUAUCCUCUGGAUUCCUUCAAUUAAAAAGAAGAUCUGCAAAUCAGGAUCCCCCCCCCCCUCUCUCUCUGUGUACAGCACCUGCCCACUAGAAUAAGUGCUCCAGGUGGGUAUCCUCUUAUUGGUGUUUUGGAGGACCUGGCUGUUUGCACAAGGCCUUGGGCUGGACAGUUCAAGAUUCUCUGGGCUAGCAUGGGUAUGUUUCUUAUAGUUGUCCAACUUUUGCCAUCUUUAGUCUCUGUCUUAUUGUUGUAUUGCUUUCUUGCUAUUUUUUCCUGUGAUUGUACUUUGUGAACCACCCAGAGUUGCUAGGAGUCAAGUAGUAUUUAAUAAAUAAAAUAAAUAAAAAAUGAAUCAAAUAAAACAGCAUUUAGAAGCGUAAAAAACAGCACAAAAACAUGGGAUUAACACAGAAAAUAGCAGACAGCAGAAUAAAUGGAGGCUCUAUGGAACAAAGGUGACUGCAUAAAUGUAAAUUUUAUUUUAUUUUCUUAAAGCAUGGCAUGGAAAGAAAGCUGGUAAGCUGAGUUCUUGAAGUUAGUUUCCAAAAUUCUUCAUGUUCUUUUGGUGACAGAUGAUACUGCUAUGUUAAAAAAAAACAUUAAAUAUGUAUUUGAUUGAGGUACAUAACUACUGUCCUCCUUUCUUGGACUAUUUGAGGGCCAAUUGUAAUUACAAUAGUCAAGAUGGGUUAUAACCAAGAUCUGAAUAAUCAUUGUCAUGUCCAAAUGUAUGCCCCUUUAGAACAAACUCUGUAAAUCUCAUGGCCAAAGAACGUUUUUCUUUCUUUCUUUCUUUCUUUCUUUCUUUCUUUCUUUCUUUCUU